UCGUCGGGAGAUCCUUACCUACCCCAAUUGUUAUCUUCAUUUCCUCCGACUCGAACGUUGACCCGAUCGUGGUCGGAGAAUUGCUUGACAGGGCACGGCCGAUGUAUGGUCGUGAUAUGAAAUAGAUGGACUUUUGAUACGGCUGCCGGAUCCUGAACCAGCCUGCACUCUACUGCACUACUUUCGCUGAUACCCAGUCGAUUUUCCUACCUCAUACUCGAACAUUUCUCUCCAUCUAUGAUGUUCCAUUCAUGAUACACAAGAGCUUGCCAUCCCAUUGAGAUACUAAAGAUCCAUCUAGCGUAUCACACUCACUCUUCAAUCAAAGUGCGCCCUUUGUUGGAGGUGUGUUCUUACACCAGACCAUGUCACUUCCGAAACCCCAGACAGAGCUCAAGGGCCAGUGCUCAGUGGUAUACCAAAAUACGUUGUUCGUCUAUUCGCCUGAUGCUUUCCAGUCGAUAGAGCUGUCAGAAGGAGCAGCAUGGGCGUCUCUGGACAAGGGCACAAGCAUCGCCGGAGCUCAAUGUGUCAACGUUGUGUCUGCCGAUAAUCCUGACGCAGAUGCGCUCUUCAUAGUCGGAGGAAGGCCAAUCGCAGAAGAUAUCAUUACAGCAUAUCCCGGACUGCAGAGAUACUCGUAUAAGGAUAAGAAGUGGGACUGGAUACGGCCAGGAGAUUGGGUCACCCAGAAUCGACAGAACCAUGGCGCCGCCUAUCUGAACUCGACAAAGCAAUUGCUAGUAUACGCAGGCUCUCAGUCCGGCGAUACUGGUCCAUCCUCUGCCACCUUCCUAAUAUCUACGGAGCCUCCGUAUGCGGUUUCGGCUACCAGCUCGUCUGCACCGCCCAGCGUGAAUCCGAUUCUUCUCCCUUGGAAUGAUACUACUACAAUCGUCUUGGGCGGGAGUGAACAGAAUAAAAAUGUCUAUACGUUCAGCUCUCCAGGUGGAUGGCAAGAGCUUGGUGUCGAUCUAGAGCAGGGUAUCCACCAGGCGACUAUGCAGACCACAGUCAUUGCCGGUGACGAUGGAAGCAAGGUGCUCGAAGUCUUUGAUAUGGGAUCCACACCGAAUGUUGUCAAACGCGUCGUCCUGCUUGGCAAGGAUGGCCAGGUCGCUCCUUUUGGACAAACAGUUGGCCCGCCACCGACAAGUCGGACGAAACGGCUAGAUGUGAACAAUUGGCCGGAAUACAACGCGACGUAUGCGCCAUCAACAUCUCGUACCGGCUUUUCGGUUGCUUCUGCUCCGAAUGGCUACGCGGUAAUAUCUGGCGGUAAUGUUGAUGAUCCACUUUGCAUCUUUGACCAACGACAGAAUAGCUGGGUCAACGCGACUGCGCUAUUUGCUGGUAGCCAAGUCAUUGUUACUGGUGAACCUGAUCCGUCUACAACACCUACACCUUCUGCUAUAGCAACUCCGACUUCGUCAGCCACCCCUUCGACGACUCCUGUAGUUGCGAGCGAUGGCAAGGACCGAAUGCUGACUGUACUUGGCGCCACUCUCGGCACUAUCUUCGGAAUCGCUGCUAUUCUUCUCGUCAUCCUGCUGCUGCUGCGAUGGAAGCGACUGAAGAGGGAACGCGCACAAGGAGACGACUAUAUCGAAAAAGAAGGACGAUUAAGCUUUGCUGACCGCGGAGCUGACUUCAUGAAAGAGGCUGGCAUAUCCAACAGAGAUAGCCCGAGUGGCAGAAAGCCGUGGCAGACCUCUAUGAAUGGAUCACAUAGUUCCCUCGCGAUUAUCACAGGACGCGCUGGUCAAGGACAUAAGCGAGCUCAAGGUAGUGAUGCAAGCACCGCUGGACUGACCUUACACAAAGGUCCCUUGGGGUAUAAUGAUGCCGUUGAGAUGACAAGGAUCAAAGAACAUCCUUCCGACGACGCGCUCCGCAAGGAGAUUGGGGGUGGGAUGCUCACACCAGCUGCUGCUAAAUCUGCACCCAAACAAGGCCAACGUAGUUCUGGUUGGAGCAGAUAUUUCUCCGGAAAUGAAGCCACCAACCUAGCCAAUAUGCGGACAGAUCGAUCGACAUAUGCUUCCGAUCGCACAAGCGGCAAUAGCGAGUCAAAUUACACGAGUUCGCGGAUUGGUAGCCAGCCCUUGCAACAGAUCGCUCCGUUAGAUGUCAAGUUCGAGAACCAACGCAUCAGCCGCGUCGCGACCGGCAGUCCCACCCUUGGCCAUUCGCACGAGGACUUGCAUGGUCAACAGGCACAGCUAGCUAGGGCCAAUUCAUUGAAUGGCUCUGUUUCAAGUCUGGGAGCCGACGACGACCAUCACGCUGAAGCGACGCAGGGAUGGUCCCCUGUCCCUCCUUCGAACUGGCUUGAUCGUCCCACGAGCAGUACAUACACAGACAGCAACCGUGGAAGCGGCUUCCCCAUCCAGGAUGGCGCGUCAUCAUUCUACAACUCUGAUUACUCCUCGUCAAGGAAUGUCGACAGAGAUACCAUCAGCGACCUCUACGCUCGGCCUGCCAUACCAGUUGGUCGAGAAAGCACUGUGACAGUGUUCCCUCGAGGGACCCCGGCAACUCAGCAGAGUAGAGGUCCGAAUGGCAAAACACAAGGCGACAUGAGCUGGCUGAAUCUCGGUGUCGGUAAUCACUGAAGACAGACCUCUAGACCCUUCUGCCGAUUCGUUAUGAAACACAUCGCGUGUGCACUUGUCGGCGUACCAUGAUGACAUUCGUUUUCUUUUAUCUCGGUUGAAGAUACCACCAUGAAGCAUUACGCACGUGUUCUAUACCAUUUGCGCUACGCGCAUUCUUUUCCGGGCACAUCAUCCAUCACUUGC